AUGAUCCCUCCGCCCCUCCUGCGCCGGCAUGACAUCCUGCUCAACCUGCGCAGCAAUCCUCCGGCCAGGGCCGCCCGAAGAGACGGCCGACGAUCGGCAAGUAUCGUGCUGUGGCAGAGUGAUAUGCGGCACCUGCAUACAGGUCAGAUACGUCGUAACCCGAGGUUUUCUCAGUACUGCCCGUACUGCCAGAUAUCCAGUUCCCCUUCGCCUCUGCCCCAGGGGCUCAAAGAUCCCCCGUCUUAUGCGCUGGUCUCGCCUUCGCCUCCACGGGCCGGGGAUGCUGGACCGCCGCCCUAUGCACUCGUAGACACGAAGCUGCGGCCUGCAAGGAAUGACGGGGCGAAUGCCGACGUGGGCGAGAAGAGUGCGGCCGACGACACCCUUCAUUUUCUGGACCACGACCACGACAGCAUUACGUCGUUGUCGUUUCGGUACGGCGUUCCUGCCGCGGCGCUGAGGCGCGCCAACAACAUCACGAGUGAUUACCUUCUGCAGGCAAGGAAAACGAUAUUAAUCCCGGGAGAAUAUUACAAGGCCAAUGUCAGCCUCUCGCCCACGCCGGUUUGCGGAGAGGACGAAGAGCUGAGAAAGAGCAAGGUACGGCGAUUUAUGACAUCCUGUAAAGUAUCUGAUUACAACGUUGCCAAGGUAUAUCUUGAGCAGUCGGACUAUGAUCUCGGCGCCUCGGUGCAAGCAUACUUUGGCGACGAGGCGUGGGAAAGGGAGCAGGCGAGGAACAAGGCGCUGUCGAGGACGAAGAACAACCUGGCCUCCUAUUGGCGACCCUAA